AAGUAGAUGGCGUCUGAGCCCACUUCCACUGCCCAGCGAGACAGCUGAGUCACACGCACACGCAUACAAACCACACAGUCGGAAGGGGAAGGGAACACUAAAGAUAUUCCUGCCCUAGCACGCCGUGUUAUUGGGGUUCCUGACAGCCAUUCUUUCAACGAAUAGUGUUGGAAAGAUGCAGACGAUAACGCUGAAGACCCUUCAGCAGCAAACGUUCAAGAUUCAGAUAGAUCCAGAAUGGACGGUGAAGUCUCUAAAGGAGAAGGUAGAAAAGGAGAAAGGCAAAGAAACCUUCCCGGUGACGGGGCAGAAACUAAUCUAUGCAGGUAAAAUUUUGAAUGAUGACGUUCCCUUGAAAGAAUACAAAAUCGAUGAGAAAAACUUUGUAGUGGUCAUGGUGACAAAGCCCAAACCGUCAAAUUCAUCAAAAAACGCCCCUCAAGCUUCCCAAACGGCUCAGCACAUCCCAGCCCCGUCUCCAACCCCGACAGCAGCAGAGGCCCCUGGCCCGAGACGAGUGCCCCCGGCAGCAGUACCAGCACCAAUGACUCCGGUGCCUGCCCCUUCCGUCGCCCCGCUCCCAGGCACCACAAACUCAGCGGCCCUAUCUGAAACCCAGACUUCAGCCAGCCCGGCGGGUUCUCUGCCUCCGGGAGCAACGCCAGACAGGGAGGCCCCUCGGAAUGGGACCUUGGCUACAGCUCCAGCUCCUCCUCCUGCCACUGCAGUCUCUACCUCCUCAGCCUCCUCAGCCUCCUCAGCCUCCUCAGCCUCCCCAGCCGCCACGCAAGGCUUAGUUUCCAAUGAACAGGAAGAUGUUAAAGUCACGGAGCAGGCCGUAACGUCGGCCGCUGGUCCGGAGGAGUCCCCUAACACGGGCGAAUGCCCCGUCGCGGGUGAACAGCAAGAGGAGAAGCCCCGGGAAGAGACUGAGACUGAAGCAUCUGACCCGCCGCCAGUCCACGCUGGGGCUUUUGGGCUUGUGGACGAUCUGGAUCUUCUAGAGGAGGCUGCUUCAAUACUCGUGACGGGCCAGGCCUAUGAGAACCUGGUGUCGGAGAUCAUGUCCAUGGGCUAUGAGAGGCAGCUGGUGGUGUCUGCCCUGAGGGCCAGUUUCAACAACCCGGACCGCGCGGUGGAGUAUCUUCUCAUGGGUAUGCCAGCAGAUCCUACUGGUCUAGCCGAACAAGAGCCACUGACGCUCAGUGCUCCAUCCAACCCCCCCGCUUCCACACCUGCCCCCCCGGAUCAACCCCUACAGGCAUCAGCACCCCCCAACACAGGGGCAGCAUUGCCUGUAAAUCUGCUCCCUUUGGUCGGUGGUGGUGAAAGUGGUGAUAUAAGUCCAGGGGGAACAGUGACAGGGAACCCUCUGGAGUUCCUGAGGAGCCAGCCUCAGUUUCAGCAGAUGAGGCAGAUCAUCCAGCAGAACCCCUCUCUGCUACCAGCCCUGCUACAACAACUUGGCCGAGACAACCCCCGGCUCCUGCAGCAAAUCACUCAGCAUCAGGAGCGCUUUGUCCAGAUGCUGAACGAGCCCCGCAGUGGGGGGGAUACCCCUGGAGGGGAGGGGGCAGCGGGCCAGGGGUCACCACAGACCAACUACAUCCAGGUCACCCCGCAGGAGAAGGAGGCCAUCGAGAGGCUAAAAGCCCUGGGCUUCCCGGAGGGACUGGUCAUCCAGGCCUACUUCGCCUGCGAGAAGAACGAGAACCUUGCCGCAAACUUCCUGCUCCAGCAGACGUGGGACGACGAAUGAGAGUCCGAAACACAGAGAGACCACGCUGCACCACAUGAGGUCCUUGAUGGGGAUGGAAGGAAAGGACAUUUGCAAGGAGCGCACUCUUUUCCGGGCAAGGGGGUAUGGAUCUACGGUGAUGAGGCUGUUGAUAGUGACAUCGGCAGUAAUGGUGAGGUGGGGAUGAUGAGGAAUGGAUAGUGAAGUUGAAGGUUUGACACACUGUUUAAAAGCUACCUGUGCUGCGCCGCUGCCGGUUCGCCACACCGAUGUGAUGAUGUCAAUGUCCCUGGCACUGCAUCUCUAUUUGCUGCUACUAUGAUUACCGCUGCCCCCUCUGCUGUCUCGUCACACUCAUUAUAAGAGAAGGUAUGGGUUUGUCAUCAUAGGUGACAACGUUCACCAGAUGGGCAAUCCAACCAUGUGAAAUAAUUGGAAAGUCAUCCUUACAUUUGAAAAGUCAUCAUAGACAGACAUAAGACAACAGUCACAGAACUAAUCUGAAACCACAAACAAAAGCCUUCUAUAGACAAUCUUUGACAAAAAACAUAAUAUCGAGAUAAGGCAUUUUACAUAGUUGCUAGGGGAGGUUAAGUCUAUGGCUGGUCAAAUCACCUGGCCCUUAUCUGAGCCAAUACAAUACAGAAACUGUUGAUGUUAACACCCAUUAAGGUGUUGGUUGUAAUUUAUUAUAUAUAUUUUGAUAUAUAUCUAUAGAUAUAAGUAUAUAUCUACAUAGAUAUUUAUACCAACAAAUACACCACAGGAUCACGUGAGAUGACAUGAAUGCAUUUGUGUUAUUAAUGUGAUGAAGGCUUAAUAUCUUGUCAUUGACAAUAUGUCAUCAUGUUGGCGUGUUGUCGUUACAAUAGACAGAGUCCCAGACUUCUAAUAUGAAAUCCAAUAUUUAUAUGUCAUUUCCAUGUUUCAGUUUGUCUUGUGUAUUUAAUACGGAUCUUUAUGCUGUAAGCUUGCAGAUUGGGCCAUUGCUCCUACAUGCCUUAUAUUUUUAAAGAAACGAACAGGUAUGUUUUGCAUAGUGAGCUUUAGUUUUCAUUUUAUUGUUCUUAAACAAGAUUGUUUUAAGAGUGUCGUAUCAAUAGAGUUGUAAAUGCUGGAAACGAAUAAGCCUAUGUCUGUAGAAAAUGGACUAAAGGGAAUUCCAAGAAGUGCUAGAAGCCAAAAGAUUGAAUAAGACCUUUAAAAUAAGCAUGUGCUUUGAGUGUUUUCGUUGCCUUGGUUAUUUUUUUGUCUGAUAUUUAACAAAUUUCAGACUGGAAAAUGUUUACUUUGUAUGGAUGGUAUCAACAGACUGCACAUAAUUUAGAAAAUGUGCCCUAAUUCACCUGAAGAACUUUUUGGGUUGCAUGAGUUUGUUUUGAAAGGUUAUUUAUAGCAUGGUAUAGCAGGAUUAGGGUGGUGUGAUAUUGUAUUGAGUCAAAAUGUGUUGGUUUUACCACUUUUGUUUUUAAAUACAAUUAUAAAUUAUAGCCUUAAAAUAUACCAAGACGUUUUGCUGAAUAGAUGUGGAAAAACUUGUUUCAGCAUUGUGUAAAAUAAAUGGCUUUUACAAAGCAAACUAG